GCGGUCCGGUCGAAACGGCGGGCCGGGCCGGGCCGCGUCCGGCGAGCAUGGCGACCCCCGACCACAAGUCGCCCAACGUGCUGCUGCAGAGCCUGUGCUGCCGCAUCCUGGGCCGGAGCGAAGCGGACGUGGCUCAGCAGUUCCAGUACGCUGUACGGGUGAUCGGCAGCAAUUUCGCACCAACUGUGGAGAGAGAUGAGUUUCUGGUGGCCGAGAAGAUCAAGAAGGAGUUGACCCGACAGCGAAGAGAUGGGGACGCUGCUCUGUUCUCGGAGCUGCACCGAAAGUUGCACUCACAGGGCAUUCUGCGGAACGUCUGGUCUAUUCUCUACCUCCUGCUAAGCCUCAGUGAAGACCCUCGCAAGCCUCCCAACAAGGUGUCCGGCUACGCUUCCCUGUUCGCUCAGGCACUGCCCAGAGAUGCCCACUCCACGCCCUACUACUGCGCCCGGCCACAGACGCUUCCGCUCAACUACCAGGACCGCGGCACCCAGUCGGCUCCUGGUGUUGGCAGCCUCGGCAGCAGUGGCAUCAGCAGCAUCAGCGUACAGACACAGCAGGCCCCGGGCGUCGGGGAUGGCCUUCGGCAGCAGCUGGGCUCACGGCUCUCCUGGGCUCUGUCUGCAAACCCACCAUCGGCUCAGAGCACCGCCUCCAAAGGGACCCCCAACUCGUCCGCACGCGUUGUGACGAGGCCCCGCAGGGACGGGGAUGCAGGCGGCCCCACGGAGGUGUGUGAGGCCGCCUUGGUCAGGGACAUCCUGUACGUGUUCCAGGGCAUCGACGGCAGGCACGUGAAGAGGAGCAGCACUGAGGAUGCCUACCGCGUGGAUGGAAAGGCGAGCCUGAGCAAGUCUCUGAGGGACACGACGGCACGGCUGGCUGAGCUAGGCUGGCUGCACAACAAGAUCCGGAAGUAUACAGACCAGCGGAGCCUGGACCGAUCCUUCGGGCUCGUUGGCCAGAGCUUUUGUGCGGCCUUGCACCAGGAACUCAAAGAAUACUACCGGCUCCUCUCUGUCCUUCACUCCCAGCUGCAGCUGGAGGACGACCAGUGUGUGAACCUAGGCCUGGAGAGCAGCCUGACCCUCCGGCGGCUGUUGGUCUGGACCUACGACCCGAAGACCAGACUGAAGACCCUGGCGGCCCUGGUGGACCACUGCCGAGGCAUGAAAGGUGGGGAACUGGCAUCUGCCGUCCACGCCUACACCAAGACCGGGGACCCGUCCAUGCGCUCGCUCGUCCGGCACAUCCUCAGUCUGGUGUCGCACCCUGUGCUUAGCUUCCUGUACCGCUGGAUCUAUGAUGGGGAGCUGGAGGACACCUACCAUGAGUUUUUUGUAGCAUCGGACCCCACGGUCAAGGCGGAUCGACUGUGGCAUGACAAGUACACGCUGCGGAAGUCCAUGAUCCCGUCCUUCAUCACCAUGGACCAGGCUCGGAAGGUGCUUCUGAUCGGGAAGUCCAUCAACUUCCUGCACCAGGUGUGCCAGGACCAGACGCCCACCGCCAGGACCAUCGCUGUCGAUUCCCCACAGGAUGCUGCUGACCUGUUCACGGACCUGGAGACGGCGUUCCCAGGCAAGAUCGACGCGGCCUACUACGAGACCAGCAGGCACCUGCUGGACGUGCUGAGCCAGAAGUACAGCCUGCUGGACCACAUGCAGGCCAUGCGGCGCUACCUGCUGCUGGGCCAGGGCGAUUUCAUCCGCCACCUUAUGGAUCUACUCAAGCCGGAACUCGUCCGCCCUGCUACAACCCUGUACCAGCACAACUUAACUGGGAUCCUGGAGACGGCUGUGCGGGCCACCAACGCCCAGUUCGACAGCCCCGAGAUUCUCCGGAGACUGGACGUGAGGCUGCUGGAGGUCUCUCCAGGCGACACUGGCUGGGACGUAUUCAGCUUGGACUACCACGUUGACGGGCCCAUCGCCACAGUGUUCACCCGGGAGUGCAUGAGCCACUACCUGCGUGUCUUUAACUUCCUGUGGCGGGCCAAGCGCAUGGAGUACAUCCUGACUGACAUUCGCAAGGGCCAUAUGUGCAACGCCAGGCUCCUGCGCGCCAUGCCAGAGUUCUCGGGUGUGCUGCACCAGUGCCAUGUGCUGGCAUCGGAGAUGGUGCACUUCAUCCACCAGACACAGUACUACAUCACUUUCGAGGUGCUCGAGUGCUCCUGGGACGAGCUCUGGACACAGGUUCAGCGGGCCCAGGACCUCGAUCACAUCAUCGCUGCGCACGAGGUCUUCCUGGACACCAUCAUCUCCCGCUGCCUGCUGGACGCUGACUCCAGGACGCUGCUGAACCAACUGCGGGCCGUGUUUGAUCAGAUCAUCGAGCUGCAGAACACUCAGGACGAGAUCUAUCGGACAGCACUGGCCGAGCUGCACCGGCGGCUGCAGUUCCAGGAGCUGAAGAAGCAGCGGGAGGCGGAGGGCCAGUGGGGGGUGACGGCCUCCGAGGAGGAGGAGGAGGCCCAGCGGGUACGAGAGUUCCAGGACUCCAUCCCCAAGAUGUGUUCGCAACUGCACAUCCUCACACACUUCUACCAGGACAUCGUGCAGCAGUUCCUGGUGCUGCUGACCACCAGCCCCGAUGAGAGCCUGCGCUUCCUCAGCUUCCGGCUGGACUUCAACGAGCAUUACCGAGCACGCGAGCCACGGCUACGCGUGUCCCUGGGGCCCCGGGGCCGGCGCAGCUCCCACACGUGAGGGGCCACUUUGGCGCCUACCACUCCUCAAAUGGACACACGGCUUUGCAGCCCCCAGGCAGGUCGGGGCUGGCAGCUGUGGGUUGCUGCCCUGCAC